CUGUUGGUCUCGUAUUUUCCAUGAGCUUCUCACUGUGUUAUUGUUUGUCUCAGUAGAUAGACUUAUCUCAGUGUUUAUAUAGGAUUUGUUGUUUUUUAUAUUUAUAUAUAAUUGUUUUUCGUGGUUAAACAUUUAUGACCAUGUCCUCGCCGUUUGAAAUGACAGAGUUGUACGAUAACGCGUUGCUGGGGAUCCUGCAGCAUGUCGGAAACAUAGAGAAUUUUCUGCAGAUCUAUUUCGGGUUUUUGUACAGAAAGACAGAUUUCUAUCGCCUCCUCACCAGCCCGAGCGAUAAAAUGGGCUUCCCACCUGGAGUGGCGGAGAAAAUGGUCUUAAAGACUUUUAAGUUGUUUGAAAGGCUGGCAGUACAGGACAGAGAGAGAGCGAUGAGGCUGGCUGAAGAAGCGCGAGCUGUUCCUGCUGCAGUAGAGGAAAUCGAAGUUCAGUCACAGCCAGAGACUGUAGAACGCACAGAACCCAAACAGGAGUCAGUGUCCGCUGAGGCCUCUUCGUCCACAGAGACAGGACCUGCGGGUGCAGCAUCUGCAGAUGGAAGUGAAGCCAAAAUGCAACCUGCAGAGAACAAACAGCCAACGGCAGCACCUUCGCCUGCGGCGUCUGCGCCUUCAACAGCGACCGGUUCGGAUUCGUCCUCAGCAGCGACUGUCCAGGCCAGUUUCCAGGCAAACCCAGAUAGCUACAACGGUGCCGUCAGAGAAAAUUACAGCUGGUCACAGGACUACGCCGAUGUGGAAGUUCGGGUUUUUGUCCCACCGAGCAUUGUCAAGGGCAGACAGGUGUCCGUCAGUCUUCAGUCUGGUGGCGUGCGUGUGGCCAUGAAGGACGGAUCGUCAGAAAAGGUCCUGAUGGAAGGCGAGUUCACGCACAAAAUCAAUGCGGAGAAUUCUCUGUGGAGUCUGGAACCGGGUCACUGCGUGCUGCUGUCUUUGAGUAAAUGCGGGGAGGUAUGGUGGACUGCCGUGUUAAAAGGCGAGCAAGAAAUCGACGUAAACCAGAUCAACCGUGAGCGCGCCAUGGCCACCGUGGAUGAGGAGGAGCAUGCUGUGUUGGAUCGUCUCACAUUUGACUAUCAACAGAAACUGCAAGGAAAGCCCCAGAGCCAUGAGAUGAAAGUGCACGAAAUGCUGAAAAAGGGCUGGGAUGCAGAGGGAUCACCGUUCAAAGGCCAGCAGUUCGAUCCGUCCAUGUUCGACAUACCACCGAGCGCUGUUCAGUUUUGAACUGAAGAAUCUAUCAGCAAUUUAUACACUGAAACGUCAAACUCUGACAAUUUAUGAUGAACAACUUGACAGUACUGCAGUAUUUGAAUUAUUAAAGCUCUAAAUACUCAGAUCAGUUUUCCCACAUGGCAUGAGGAUUCAGACAGACCUGGAUAUGUAUUACAUUCUUUUAUUUCAUCUUUUUACAUGCAUAUGGAUUCUCCUUUCUUUAGGUGAAAUAACUGACUGAAAUAAAUCCACUUAACUACUUUUUAGAAUAAGCAAACAACAUAAUAAUAAAAGAUAUAACAGGGGGUCUGUACUUGUGUCAUCCUCCGGUUCUCCACAUCACCAUACGUUCUUGAGGAUUUUCAAAUGAUUUUCGGGUUUUGAUUUUAAUGGCUAAUGAAUUUUCUGAGGUUGAUUUUUAUUUUAUUAGUGUUUUGGUUUUUGAUUGCCUGAAAAAAUAACCUGCCCUUCUUCAUAUAGCCCUCUAUAUACUGAUGUACAGGAUGGUGCAAAAUUCUUGAGCUACUCCUCAUUUCUUCAUAUUUAGCUUUUAAAGUCCCCAAAUAUCUUGUAAUUGGAAGAAAUUAGGAAUGGCUCAAAACUUUUUCACAACGCUGUUGUGACGAACACGUUAUACUGUUUGAGCAGGGUAAACCAAAUUUAAUUGAUAAAAUGACAUCAGAAACAAAACAAGUCGUUGACUACUAAUGAGGAUUAAGCUAAUAUUUAAACAGAAUGAACAUGUUUAAGGUUUUGCUUUUUCCACAUCAGGUUUCUGUACUGUAAACCUUUGCCAAAUAAAUCUUGUAUCAUUGUA